UCUGUAGCUUCCAAACAUUCAACACUCCAGAUUCAAGCAAAAACAACCGUGGAAAAUGUCAGUCAGACAACAGUAGCUGCCGCAACAUGACAUGGAUAUUUUGGCGACGUUAACAUUGAACAGUCUCCUCGAGCGUCACCGAAGAGGACCUGGAGAGAUGCGAGCUUGACAAACGGGAGAGUGGUUUUCCAUCACCAACCACUCAGGAUGAAAGCACGAAGUAAAGAGGAGGAAUUUCAUUGUCCUCACUGGAUUGUGUUCGCUCGUUUGGAUUCUCAACUUUGACCACAACCACAAGACCAUCAAUAAUGAUACCUGGAUUGAUCUCCCAGGAGUUACACGAGCAGCUUCUGGACCUGAAGAAUUACCAAAAUCGCACAGAUGGGGUGGAGGAGCUCAAACGUGUCCUCUCGGAAAUGGACAUGAAAUCAGUCCCAUCUGGCAGUAUUGAGGAGCUCAUCAAUUUUCUCCCCCGACUUCUGGAUGACAGUAAUUUUAAAGUAUUGUAUGGCACCUUACAAGCCUUAAACUUACUCAUUCAGAAGCUGGAUACAGGUGUAGACAAAUAUUUCAAACAGAUAGUCUUAGUGGCUCUGAAGGCCCUCGGGGACACACGCACCAUCACCAGAAAUGAAUACAUGAAUGUGUUUCGACAGCUGAUGAAAGCUGUUGCACCGCAACAAAUAUUGGACCUUGUCACUGGCAACUUGAAACACAAGAAUUCAAGGGUUCGGGAAGAUGUCCUUAACAUCAUUAUGGCAGCUAUGCUCGCUCAUCCAAGGAAGGAUUUUAACAUCCCUAAGCUUUGUUUUGAAGUUGCACCAUACCUGGCAGACGGCAAAAGGAAGGUUCGCCAUGCCACUCUUGAGCUGUUUGCUGUUUUCGACUAUUGCCUUGAUACAGGGAAAAAGCAGCCUCUGAUGAAAGCGGUGGACAUGGUUGAACUCAAUGAGGAUGCAGAAGGUCUUAUGGCAGCUGUACAGGCAAGACGGGCAAGGCACAUUCUUCCGAAACUCUCCCCAGAGGGGAUUGUGGAGUAUGGCUUGGUGGUGCCCAAACCAGGACACCGAUGCUCUCUGCAGUAUGGUUCUGGAGCUGAUCUAGACUGGGUGAUGAACGGAGGGCGGGUAAACAGCGCCAGGAGCCACAGAACUGAACCAGACUGCGACCGAUUGCAUGGCUAUGGCAGCUUAGGCUCCCUCACUGAUGACCUACCCCUUCAAAGGAGGAUUGUCAGUGCGGGUAAAGGGAAGAACAAACUACCGUGGGAGAUGUUGAGCUUCUCGUCCACUGAGAAUGACCAGCAAUACAGUAUCCCUAAUGGAAAGUACUCCGAACAGGUGGCCAGUGAGGAUUUCCUUCCCUUGUCCAGGAAGCUGAGUCCAGAGACCUACAUACCCAGUUUUAGUUCUGCAGAGCCUCAGAAGCCUCAUUCUCCCAGAAGGAGGGUGUCCCCUGCACGCCUCAGAAGAAGUGGAAGCCUCAAUUUAGACCCUGACAUCUUUAAAACCACCAACUUCUCUGAAUUAGAUGUUGUGGCACCCAAGGGACGCGCGCUCUCAAGGAACCCCAGUGUUGAGCGCACCUUUUCCCUCCCCUCGAACCCCACUGCAUCCGGCUCCUUUCUACUGCCGUCCUACCCACUGGCUACACUCCCAGGAGGCAUACUUACUCCAACGCUGUCCCACCGUCAUGCAGACUCAUCCCUCUCCAUGUCCAACACCUGGCCCAACAAAAGAGAGAACAGCCCUCACCGGCGAGACACCAGCCCCUGGAGAGACGCAGCAGGCGCAGCAAAGGGGGACCAUCUCUCUAGCAGAUGUUCUCCCCGGCCCCUUCGUGCCUCCCUCGUGAGUUCUUCUUCCACUUCAUCAUUCCGCCGGGCUCUGAGCAGCACCAGGGCAACCCUAUCUAUCUCGCCAGUUGUUCCUACAGCAGAGCAGAUCCAGUCCCAUAAUGGUCAAGGAUCCAAAGCUCCUGGCAGCCCUCAGCAGCUAGAAAGGGACCUUCUUCUGGACCCAGAUGGCAUCACUGCAGUGCAAGAUUCUCAAGAGGAUGAUCCUCUGGACAUGCAAGAGAUGCUGAACUCCCUGCGCUCAUUGCGCAACAGUGCUGCCAAGAAGAGGGCCAAAGUGAGCCUUAGUUCAGAUCCAGAUCCAGACAGCCCUGACUCAGCUGUUAGGCUAGACCUCGGUCUUGAUUCACCAUCACACACCUCUCCAAUGCUUACCAGCUCAGCCAGCGAGAGUGGUCUUUCCAGUCUGAGCUCAGUCGCCAACUCCAGCUUCAAUGGCAUCAAAACCAGCCCCGGAAACUCAGCCUCUUCAGGAAUGAAACCUCGCAUUGCAAGAGUGCCCUCUGCAAAACUGAGGUCUUCUGCAUCCAUGGAUUUCAGCAGCCUUCAAGGAUUGUCUCAGAGAAACGAGCUGUCGUCUGAGGUGGGUGUGGUUGGGCAGAGAGUCACUUACUCCAAUGGAACAAUCAAAACGGAGGAAGAGACAAGACCUUCCCCUCCGUUGGUCAAACCAGCCAUCCGGGAAUCAGUCAGAGCUCUGAAGCCUGCCAAAGGAUCUCAGAGCCACAGCAGCAGGAACUCACCAGCCACAGAUGUGCCUGAAGGAGUCAUUGGAAGAGGCAUGUUUGGCACAGUAGUGUCCUCCAGCCAUCCAGGAGUUGCCUUGACACUUGAGCCGGAUGAUUCUGUGGCCAAACCCCCCACUGAUCCCUCGGCAGGCACCUACAGUCGCGCUCUGUCGGGCAGUCACAUAGAUAGUGAUGACAGCCCGUGCCCAGAUGAGGUUAAGCAGAGGGUGAAGAACACAAGGUUUAGCAGGGAUAAGAUGCGGUUCCAGUGUCUGGAUCAGCAAGAGGGGGACCACACUCGAGACAAGAUUCGCCACAGAGUCAGGCAGAUGCUGUCUGACUCACCCACAGAGGAGAAUAGAGUAUUAAUCAUCAAAGAUCUGCAUCUGAACGGCAGCACACUGACCUCCACCAAAGCAGACCUUCUCUCUGAUGAGUCUCCUAUCAGCCCCACCAGUCCUGUCAGCCCACCAGGACCCCAAAGCCCCACCACGUGCUUUACUCCGCCCCACCAGCCGAGCCCCCCCACAGUGCCCCCCAACCCCAAAAACCUAUCCCGUCUUAGGAGGGCCCCUAGCCUCAGCAGAACCCGACCAUCUUUGUCCCACAGCUCAGAUGAGCUGUCCCCUGGUACUACGGGCCACAGGAAGAACCUCGCAGAGAAUCAGGAGCUGUGUUCGUUUUCCAAGCCUGACCUGGCACUGACACAGAGCUUUAACCUGCUGAGCUCUGAAGACUGGGAGAAGAAGAUCGAGGGGCUGACGCUCCUGCGCAGUCUGGCUCACUACCACUCAGACACACUCCAGGGCAGGCUUCAUGAUGUCUGCCUGUCUCUCAUUCAAGAGGUGAAGAACCUGCGGUCAGGCGUGUCUAGGGUUGCAGUGUGUACGCUGGGUGAUCUGUACACCCACCUGCAGAGGGCAAUGGACCAGGAGCUGGAGGGGUCAGUUAAAGCUUUGCUGCAGAAGGCCGGGGAGAGUAACGCCUUCAUUAGACAGGAUGUGGAUGCAGCACUGGACUGCAUGGUGCAGCACUGCACACCCACUCGUAGCAUCAGUGCUUUACUCUCUGGGGGACUCAGUCACCUUAAUGCAGUGGUGAGAAAAUGCACCGCCCAGCACCUGGCUAAUCUGGUAGAGAAGGUCGGUGCUGUCCGUCUUCUGUCUGGAGGUAAAGAUCUCACCGACAGAAUCUUACCUGCCGUCACCAAGUUCGCACAAGACUCUUCACAGGAAGCCAGGUACUUUGGGCGUCGAAUGCUGCUGUCCCUGUCAUCCCACCCUGACUUCGACAGGAUCCUGGAGAAAUACAUUCCCACCAAAGACCUGCCGACUGUCAGAGACACUGUUUUCACUCUCAAGACAAAGGGCCUUGGUGAGAUGCCCCAAGACACCCAGUCAGCCAGGGGUAGACGCUCCCUCCCAGGCAGUGGUACAGUCAGGGCCUCAUCUCUCACCAGGGAGCCGCUCAACCAGACCAACAGGGAGUCAAAUAGCCAUUACAGCUGUAGAUCUCAGAAGCAGAGUAUUGCAGACAAGACCGAAUAUAUCAAGCGGAUCUCAGAUCUGCUGGGUUCAAAGGACUUCAGAGAGAGGAUCAAGGGAAUCGACCAGCUAGCUGCUGACUGUCAACACAACCCCAACAUGGUCAUCAAUAGUAUAUUCCCGUUGUUUGAUGCCUUCAGGGCCAGACUGCAGGAGUCCAACAGCAAGGUCAAUCUGUAUGCCCUCGAGUCUCUACAGAAAAUCAUCCACUUGUUAAAGGACAAUCUGUCCCAAGUGGUCAACAUCCUGGUCCCAGCAAUCGUGGACAAUCACCUCAAUUCCAAGAACAACGCCAUCUACUCUGCUGCUAUUGGAGCGAUUAAUGCACUUAUCUUAAAUCUUGAUAAUAUACUUCUUCUUCAGCCAUUCUGCACCAAGGCUCAGUUUUUAAAUGGCAAAGCAAAGGUUGAUCUCGUCGAAAAGGUUGCAGAUCUUGUGACUGAACUCUACCCUCGCAAGCCCCAGAUGGUGGAGCAGAAAGUGCUGCCCUUGCUGUGGCACCUCCUGGGCACCUCCACCCACAGCGGCACCAUUCAUGGCCGGGGCGGCAGCGUGAGGGGUGCUACCGCCAACCUGUGCCAAGCCCUAUACACCCAGAUGGGGCCCAGCCUGAUUGACUGUGCUGCCUCCCAGCCUGCCAAUGUCCAUAAAGGUUUAAAUGAGGUCUUGAGGGCCUUGUCCUAAAGGUAAAACAGAAUCCAAACACAACCACAUGUUGGAAGAGAAGAACAGUAACACGGACCUUACUUGAAGACAGAGAUGUUCUACAUUUCUUAUAGUGCCUGCACUUUUUUAUCAAUAAAGAGAAAGUCCUUAAAGAUUAUGAGCUCUUAUUCUUAUCUCAGUGAGAUUUCCUCUGGUACACAAGCAUGGACAAUUGUAAAACACUGACAUCAGGUCUUUAACACACCCAACCUGCUCUCUUUGCACUUUGACAAGGUAGCGCAUUAUCAUGAUAGACUUCACUAGUUUUACAUUUUACAAUCUCAUUAUUGUCAUUGGGUUUUUUUUCAUAAUACAAACAUGUACUGUAGACAAAUCAAGACACUAUUGCAGAAUGUAAAAUGGAAAUGCACAAAAAAACGAGGAAGAAGACAGGGGCCUGAAAGGUGUAUAUGUUUGCUGUGUCAUCAAACGUGAUGUGAUAUUUUCAAAAUAUUUCAUGUAGUUGUUUUGAAGAUUUGUGAAUUGAGAUUAACACGAAUAGUUUAAGAUACUUUUGUACAGCUCAAAUGUGUAUUUGCACAGUAUUAGCUUAAUCUGUAUAUGUAUGCUGUAUGAUGGUACAGUUCAUAAUUUAUCUAUUGUGUAAUGGUUAAUGAUGUGCUGAGUAGGUACUGUUUUUUUGUUUUUUGCAUGACCAAAAUUUACUGACAGGAUCAAAAUUGUGUAUAUUUUUGUAAAUGAGAUAUAUAUGUACACUGAUGCCUAGAUCAAUGUUGGGUUUGCACCAAUUCUUCUGGAUGAGGACAGUGAGAAAAGAAAUUUAUCUGUACUCCAGCGGUUGCCUGAGAAACAGUGAAGGCCCAGAUCUGAUUCUGUCUCAGUAUAGUGCCAGUCUUCAAGUAGCCUUUUAACUCAUCUAUUGUUAAAUUAUAUUGAACUUGUUUGUGAACAAGAGCAAAGACAGAUUCAUAUAUAAAUAAAGUGUUUUAUUUCUGUAAAACUAACUUCCAGGUGCCUCAUUCAAAUUUUAAUGGAAUUGGACGUGUGGUAGAAGGGAAUGGACGACAACUGUUAACAGCUGAACUUGACAGUUACAUUUUACUGCUUGUCAAAAUUAAAAGCGAAUUAAAUG